AUGCUUGAUCAUACACAAGAAGCAUGGUGGUCACCAAUAUUAACACCAUCAUCAUUAAUAACACAUUUAUCUAUAAGUAAUCAAUUACAAUCUUAUUGUGAUUUAAUAUGUCAUCAUGAAUUAUAUGUUGAACAUUUUACAUCAAUAACAACACAUUAUCAAUUAUUAUUAUUAUUUUUUAUUGAACAAAGUGAUACAUGCACAUAUGUACAUAAUUUAUCUGGUGUUAUACAUCAUACAUCAGUUGCAAGUCAUUUAUUCGUUUGUGAAGGAAUACAUUUAUAUGAAAGUGGUCUUAUAUUAGUUUUAUUAAUUGAACAAUUUCUUCCAUUACCAUUAAAUAAACAAUUAUUACCUAAAUAUUUACCAUUAAUUUUAUAA